GCUUGAAGUUGUAAGAGACUAACUACUCCGCGCUGGAAGAUCCGAGCUACCUCCUCCCUCCAUCAAGCCAAUAGAAACUUCUUUUGCUUCUUGCAACCCGGAGGAGUCUCCCGCCACUGCACGACCCCGCCAUGGCUGAGGAGCAGCCCCAGGUAGAGCUCUUUGUAAAGGCUGGCAGUGAUGGAGCAAAAAUUGGGAACUGCCCCUUCUCUCAGAGACUCUUCAUGGUCCUUUGGCUGAAGGGAGUAACUUUCAAUGUCACCACAGUGGACACCAAAAGGAGGACUGAGACAGUACAGAAGCUCUGUCCUGGAGGUCAGCUACCAUUCUUGAUGUAUGGGAACGAGGUCCAUACGGACACCAACAAGAUUGAAGAGUUUCUGGAAGAGGUUCUGUGCCCUCCCAAGUAUCCCAAACUGGCUGCCCGCAACCCUGAAUCCAACACAGCUGGGCUUGAUGUCUUUGCCAAGUUUUCUGCCUACAUCAAGAACUCUAACCCAGCACUCAACCUCAACCUUGAGAAAGGUUUGCUGAAGGCAUUGAAGGUGCUGGAUGUCUAUUUGAUGACGCCGCUCCCUGAGGAGGUAGAUGAGAACAGCGCCGAGGAUGAGGGCCAGUCAACCCGCAAAUUUCUUGAUGGGGAUGAACUCACGCUGGCUGACUGCAACCUGCUGCCCAAACUUCACAUUGUCAAGGUAGUGUGCAAGAAAUACCGUGGCUUCACCAUCCCUGAAGAAUUCCGCGGCAUCCACCGUUAUCUCAAGAAUGCAUACGCUCGUGAGGAAUUUGCCAGCACCUGCCCGGACAAUGAAGAGAUUGAAAUAGCUUAUGAGCUGGUUGCCAAAGCUUUGAAAUAACAAACUUUGGCAGAUGAAAAGGGAUGGGGGGCUUCCAUACCAGGAAAAUGGGGGGUGGGUUGGGACCACUGGGUGAUAUUUUUAUGUACGUGCUUGUGUUUGAUGGGGGUGGGGGAUAUCUAUUUCCAAGGAGGGACAGACCAAUUUGAAUUUUAAAUAUAAGCAAGAAUAAAAUACAUGUUUUUAAAAAUA